GGUCAUAUCACUGAAGAGUUGAAUUUGGAAAUUAGUGACGCAUGAAACGAAACACCAUCAACAGCAUAUUAUUUUUCCCAUUCUCGCAGUGGUCAUACCCAAAGUAGUAGUAGCAGUGGUAUUUACUCAGCAGUGGCAGCAAGUGAGUGGUAUUCUGGGCAAGAGGGUAAUCUUGGACAUCUUCGAUUGACCAGAAUACACUAAUCUGAGACACCAACCAAGAAACAAGCAUCCCCUUUGUGAGAACAAAGAUAGGGAAAAGUAGUGCAAGGAACAUUAUGCAAAUCAGAGUAAUUAAUUCGAAACAAUAACCUACCUAAUUGUGAGACGAAGAAAGUCAACGACAUGCAUUUGCGCGGAGAACCUUUCGUGAGUACAGAUACGAUUCCCAUCCUCCUCCGAGUUCUUGGGUAGCGUCUCUUCUUCGUCUAGAAUUAUCCUGAGGAGGACGACGAUACUCAAGUGGUCAUUCGUGUGGUCUGCGUGCUUCCGGCCAUUUUGGGCUGCUAAAUGCAGACAUAGUUUGCUGUGGUGUGGCUGUGAUUGAAUUCUACUUUAUUACUUUUGUGUCUUGGUUCUUUCUCCAGUGGGCUCGCUCAUCUUGGUCGAUGCGGGUUCUCCACCAGUCUUCUGAGGCUGAGAGAGGUUGCAUUUCAUCAAGUGAUUAUUGGUCCUGAUUUCUAAUUGGUGUUAUUAAUCAGCUACUAAAAGUAUGUCCUCACAGGAUUGACUUUUGUAUGGUCGAGCACAUACAAUUAUCUCUGCAAUUAAAGUCAGCUAAUCGCAUCCAAAUAAGUAUUUAACCAUAACCAACCAAAUAAACACCUAACAUCACAACUAUACUGCGACGCCACUGCAGAAUUGAUUGGUCAUAAACAUUUACAUGGUUGUGGGAUUUUUCAAUUUAUCUUUAGAAUCCAUUCAACCAUUUAGACAGGUAGUUAUCGCUUUUAGUGCGUGCAGUGGAGUUUAAAGUUUGUGUGCAACGAGAACUAUUGUCCGAAACGGUACCGGCUUUAUUGUUAUGCCUCUUGUGGCUGGAGUCCAAACAUUUAAAUCUCCAACGAGGAAGUCUAAUGUGAGAAGUCUUGUUACAAAACACGGAUCAAUAUAGAAACAGUCAUCACUUCAUCAGUUUGCCGUUGGUCAUUGACGAAUAAGUUCAUGGAACAUCGAUCAAUAUGUUGGAUUGCAAAAUGAACAGUUCGCUGAGCCCGGUCACUCCAGUGAACAUUCAUCAAGAGUCGUACAUGGGGAUGUGGGAACAGGAACCUUUGAAUCAACAGCACCCUGCUAAAAUGAAUGACAUAAUUGACAUGUUGCACGAGCCGAGUUUAGCGCACUCGAGCGGGGGGACGACCUCGCCAACGACCACGAUUCAUCAUCAAAACCGAGGAGACUGCCACUUUCAAAGUUCUCAUUACUUGACCCCUCUACCCAACCUGGGAGACCCGUACUCUUCCGGAGAAUGUCACCAGAUUCAUCUGGAAGGAUUUCCCCCCUCGUCCGACAAUAACUUCCACAAAUUACCUGAAACGCCCUCAAACUUUUCGGAAAACUACGACAUGUUUAUUUCCGAUUUGAAUCCACCUCCUCCUCAUCAGCACCACAACAGUGGCAGCAAUUCCAUGAUCAAUAACAACAGCGUCCUGCACCACAAUGGUCAAUGUUCUCCUGGCUGUAUCUGUUCCUCGUCCCCCUUCAGCCCGCACAACCACCACCAUCAUCAUCAUCACAACAAUAAUAAUCAUCACCACCACCACCACCACUUGAACCUCAACGGCGACCCUUUGGGUGCACUGGGGCAUCCUUCAUCCAACUCCUCGCAGCAGGAAUACAACUGGGACGAUCUGACCUGUGACCCAGGGGAGUACCUCUUCUUGCCCAAGGGAGAUUCUCCAACCACCUCAGAAUCCAUCAAUUCGUACAAUACCGACAUUGACUCAGAAAUGGAAUCAAAGUCAUCGAGAGGAAGCGUUUCUUUACAAGAAAUAUGCCACGUGUCACCUCCCAAGAGAAAAGUUGGCCGGCCACCAAAAAAGGACAAAAAGAUGAAACGCAAUGAAAAGAAGACUGGGCGUCUGUGGGAGUUUAUACGUGACCUGUUGAAGAAUCCAGAAUACUGUCCGAGUCUGGUACGGUGGGAAAAUCCUGAAGAAGGACACUUUCGCUUCGUUAAUUCUGAAAAAGUUGCUCAACUGUGGGGACAAAUUAAGGGGAACCCGAGGAUGACGUAUGAAAAAUUGAGUAGAGCCAUGAGAUACUACUACAAAAGCCACGUUUUCGAGCCAGUAUUAGGACGAAGAUUGGUUUACAAAUUUGGAUAUAACGCAACGAAUUGGAGACCUGUUAACGCUAAUUUCGUAUCGAUUCAAAAGCUCUAUUCCAACUAACUCAAUAUUAUUAUAAGCAAUUUUAAUAAUAUUUUACGUAUCAUCGUAAAUAGUCCUCAUCACGCGUAUGUAUGUAUCUUAAGUAAUAUAUAGAUCAGAAUCCGGUCCGGCUGAAUAACUGAAACCCCACACCCACGCGCACCAAUGGAUUUGGUUAAUAAUUCAGAAGGAAUAUGGCAAAUUUUACUUUCUGAUGCUAUAAAUUCCAACUUGUUGAAGAAAUCGAUUUCAACAUGCAACGACCCUUUAGCCUCAAUUCAAAUCGGCAUUUAAAUUUAUGCGACAUUAACCUGAGAUUUCAAGGGAUUCUCAAUUCUUUCGCCAGUAAUAUCAGUAUACUUAUUUUAACAGUAGUAGAAGUUUGGUAGUCGUUUAGGUUAUUAUUAUUAAUAUUAUUUUAAUAUGUGGAACACCACACAGAAACUAAUUGAAGAGAAAACUACACGCCAGAGCUCAGCAUCAAAUUUAGUUUUAUGAUCAGGUUUACUUACAAAUGUAGUUUACAACUUUUGUGCAAUCAAUACCUUUUAACAUGUGCUAGACUUUGUUCAUAUCACUGAGAAAUAAUCGUGCCUUCAAAAAUAUCAACGUAUCGAUAUUUUCCAAAAUUUCGGCUGAAAAUUGUUAUAAAAAAAGCAUCUGCAUUUCAACCAAACUCGGUAACAAUUUGUGAUGAUACAAAUAUUAUAUAAAUACAUAUAUCGGUCCAUUAUUACUCUUUUACACGUAACAUAACAAUAUUGAAUGAAAGCUCAAUAGCAAGUCUUUUUUUUAAGUGACAUUAUUAAUUAGGAAUAAUUCUCUCUAUAUGUUUCCUCUUUCUUCGCCCUGUCAUGUAAAUUUACACCUUUUUUGUUUGUCAUUCAUGGUGCUACUAAUUGUCCUAUCAACUUAACAAACUAACUUCUACUUAUUGCUAAUUAUUACCACCACAAUUUUAUGUGAUGUGAUUUAUAAUUAAUAUUAAACAAACGGGGUAUUCACACAUUUCAGCCCCAGGACUGCAGUUCAUGUUCUCUUUAAUUCGCAGUGAUUGCUGAAUAAUUCCUAUGUGUUGCAUUUAUUUUAUCUUUUACAAUUAGUGGUUAGUGCAGUGGUCAACGUUUUCAAUUCCCGUAUCUCGUUAGAUAGAGUUAUUCUCAAUUCUAAUAUAUACAUAGAUAGAUGCAUAUGCAUAUUAUAUUUAGCUCUAUGUUACACACACACACAUACUUACAUAAUACAUCAUCAUUAUAUUACGGUUAUUGCGACAAGUUAGUGAAUGACAUGCAGUAGAUAGAAAGAGGUGAAUAUUGAUUGUGGUAUGAACAGCAUCCCAUCGAAUGUCUCAUUAUUCUCAAAAGAAAUUUAGUCAAAUACAUUUUAGGAUUUUAUUUUACCUUAUUAAACGCACUCACAUUUCUUAUUUCUAGUUUAAGUAUAAUCCAAAAUGUAUGGUUUCUCUGAAUGAUUUAAUGUAACAUAGAUAAUUACUUAGCUCUAUUAUUUACUGACAACAAUUAAAUAUUAUACAACGAUUUAUCACAAAGACAUAUUUACAUACAUACAUACAUAAACAUUCCACAAACAGUGUGAGAUUACCCAUUCUGCUUUCAUUUGUGUAAUAUUUCAUGUAAAUUUAGUUGAGUUAAGGAUACAAACUACAUAAAGCUUUACCGUAACGUUUAUGUAACUAGUUCGUAUUGUAAGUUAGGUAAGUAGGAAUUAUUUGUUGAGAUUUUUUAGAGUUUAAUAGUCGGAACAUUAUAAAAAUUAGGUAUGAAACACUUGGACGACAAAUUAUGUAUGAGCUAAAGAUCAGUUCCGUCAAAAACCACAUUGUUACAAAUUUUGUUAUGGUCCUUGAACACAAAUUAUUAUAUUUUCUGUGAUUCCCUUAAUCUUAUCGAGUAUGACGACGUACAGAAGCAUGAGCAACGUGGAUGAAGCAAACGUACGAGCAUGCGGAGGACGAGGUCAUGGAAAGCAGUUAAUGGUUGACUGGAACUCGAAUGUUCUUAUCUCACUCAACGAGUUGUUUUGUAUAAAGUUUAUAAAUAUGAUGACAAUGAUUUACAAUAUUAUAAAUGUUUUUUUUUGUGUCGAAAUAAAAAUAUGUGAAUUGUUAAA